GGCCUGAUCCAUGAGGAAGCGUUUCUCCCACCUUCUACCCUGCACCAGUCUUUCUCAAGAGGUCUGUGGAGAAGAGCCUCUGAUUAGGUUUGUGGAUGGCUCCUAGAAGAUCUUGAUUCUCUCUGGAGGAUACAUCGUUUAUCUGGGUCGGUUUCCUGUCACACUGCCCUGUCCCCACCCAGUCAACCAUGAACCAGCUGGACCCUGCUGAGGACCCAGAUGCCAGCCCUGCCCCGCUGUGUGUGGUGUGCGGCCAAGCCCACGCCCCUGAGGAAAACCACUUCUACACCUACACGGAAGAAGUGGACGAUGACCUCAUUUGCCACAUCUGCCUGCAAGCUCUGCUGGACCCUCUGGACACUCCCUGCGGACACACCUACUGCACACUCUGCCUCACCAACUUCCUGGUGGAGAAGGACUUCUGCCCUGUGGAUCGCAAGCCUGUGAUCCUGCAGCACUGCAAGAAAUCAAGCAUCCUGGUCAACAAGCUCCUCAACAAGCUGCUGGUGACCUGCCCGUUCACAGAGCACUGCGCGCAGGUGCUGCAGCGCUGUGACCUUGACCAUCACUUUCAAAUGAGCUGCAAAGGUGCCUCCCACUAUGGCCUCACCAAAGACAGGAAGAGGCACUCUCAGGAUGGCUGUCCAGACGGCUGUGCCAACCUCACAGCAACAGCACUCUCCCCAGAGGUUUCUGCAGCUGCCGCCAUCUCCUUAAUGACAGACGAGCCUGGCCUAGACAACCCUGCCUACGUGUCCACAGCAGAGGACGGUCAGCCAAACAGCCCCCUGGACUCUGGCCGGAGCAACCGAACAAGGGCACGGCCCUUUGAGCGAUCCACCAUCAGAAGCAGAUCUUUUAAAAAAAUAAACCGAGCCUUGAGUGUUCUUCGAAGGACAAAGAGUGGAAGUACAGUUGUCAACCAAGCUGAGCAGGGCAGAGAGAAUUCUGAAAACACCACUGGCCCUGAUGUCUUUCCAAGGUUGUAUCACCUGAUUCCAUAUGGUGAAAUUACCAGAGUCAAGAUCAAUCGAACGGAUCCCAAUGAAAGCCUCUCCAUUAGGCUUGUGGGAGGCAAUGAAACCCCGCUGGUCCAUAUCAUUAUCCAGCACAUUUAUCGUGAUGGGGUGAUUGCCAGAGACGGCCGGCUACUGCCAGGAGACAUCAUCCUAAAGGUCAACGGGAUGGAUAUCGGCAACGUACGGCACAACUAUGCCCUGCACCUCCUGCGGCAGCCCUGCCAGGUGCUGUGGCUGACGGUGCUGCGGGAGCAGAAAGUCCGGAGCAGGACUGAUGGGCAGCCCCUGGACACCUACGAACCCCGGGAUGACCAUUUCCACGUGAUCCUCAACAAAAGCAGCCCGGAGGAGCAGCUUGGAAUAAAACUGGUGCGCAAGGUGGAUGAGCCUGGGGUGUUUAUUUCCAACGUUCUGGAUGGUGGCGUGGCGGACCGACACGGUCAGCUGGAGGAGAACGAUCGUGUGUUGGCCAUCAAUGGACAUGACCUUCGGUACGGCAGCCCGGAAAGUGCAGCUCAUCUGAUUCAGGCCAGUGAAAGGCGCGUUCACCUCGUCGUGUCCCGCCAGCUUCGGCAGCAGAGUCCUGACAUCUUUCAGGAAGCUGGCUGGAACAGCAGCGGCAGCUGGUCCCCAGGGCCAGGGGACAGGAGCAACCCUCCCAAGCCCCUCCACCCUGCGGUCACUUGUCAUGAGAAGGUGGUAAGUGUCCAAAAAGACCCCAGUGAAUCACUCGGCAUGACCGUUGCAGGGGGAGCAUCACAUAGGGAGUGGAAUUUGCCAAUCUACGUCAUCAGUGUUGAGCCCGGAGGAGUCAUAAGCAGAGAUGGAAGAAUAAAAACAGGUGACGUUUUGUUGAACGUGAACGGGAUCGAACUAACAGAGGUCAGCCGGAGCGAGGCGGUUGCUUUAUUGAAAAGCACAUCCUCCUCGGUGGUACUUAAAGCUUUGGAAGUCAGAGAACAUGAGCCCCAGGAAGAAGGCAGCAGCCCAGCAGCGCUGGACUCCAACCACAGAGUCACGGCCCCACCUGGCAACCGGUCCCCCUCCUGGGUUAUGUGGCUGGAAUUACCACGGUACCUGUACAACUGUAAAGAUGUUAUACUGCGGAGAAACACAGCUGGAAGUCUGGGCUUCUGCAUUGUAGGAGGUUAUGAAGAAUACAAUGGGAACAAACCUUUUUUUAUCAAAUCCAUUGUUGAAGGAACACCAGCAUACAACGAUGGAAGAAUCAGAUGUGGUGAUAUUCUUCUUGCUGUCAAUGGCAGAAGUACAUCAGGAAUGAUACAUGCUUGCUUGGCAAGGAUGCUAAAAGAACUUAAAGGAAAAAUUACUCUCACCAUUGCUUCUUGGCCUGGCACUUUUUUAUAGAAUCAGUGAUGGGUCAUAGAAAAACAGGAAAUCACAAAUAAGCUAAGUUGAAACAAUCUAUUUAUGUUGUCAAUUUUUGCAUUUGAAGGCUACAAUGUAAAAAUAUAAACUUUAAUGUCAGAAAAAGGAUCUAAUGAAAAGCCAAUUACACCUCAGAAAAUAUAAUUCUCAAAAUAUAAACAUUACUAAUAGUUUUUAUUCAGUGUGGAGCAUUUCUCAUUACUCUGAACUUUAAGUUUAUAUUUUUCUAUUCAAUAAAAAGCUCUUAAACAGCUGACAUGGUUUGUAUGCCCCCACUGAAUUCAAAUCAUACAGUUAAAUUAAAAUCUGGUAUAUGCUGAGGUCUGCAAAGGGUACAUUAUGGGCAUUUUAAAAACAAUUUCCAGACAGAGGAUUUUAAAAGUGCAUUGCUGAAAAAUGUUUAUCAAAUGAGAAAUAAAUAUUUUUCAAAAAUUAUAUAGCUGUCUUUUAGUACGUGAUACUAAGUUCAUUUCUAUUAUCACUAUUUAAAAGUUCCUAGUAAUUCAUUCUUUCAAAACCAUGUUGCUACCAUCACUGACAAAUACCUUCUAAGGGCUAUCCCUAAAAAUGUUCACAGAAUUAUAUAAACUUGUACUUUCUUAAAUGUAAUGGGAAAUGACUAAUCUAAGGCUCUUAUUUAUUUUUAUUCACAGUAUAGCUAGUAACUGUAUACAAACUCUACGUGCUGCUCAACCAAUGAGCCUUGGAAGAAGCAUCAAGAAAGGCCAAACCAGCUUGACCUAGCUCAUAAAAGAUGGCGUUGAGGCAAUUCAAAUUUGUGUCACAGUGACGAGUAUUUGUCCAUGUGCCUGUCAGAAACUACAUUUAGGGCAAG